UUUUGGGUUCCUUCAUUUUAUUUGUGCAGCACCUAAGCUUGUAUAUGCACACAAGCUCAGAAGUGAGUGAAGCGGACGUCAAAAUGCCCACCAAACGCAGCAAACAAGAGGCUGUCAUGGAUCUGACCCCAGAGAACCCAGUGAGGCGUUCAUCUCGUCAAACCCUGGUUGCUAAACGUCUUGAAUACUCCCCAAAAGAAGAAAAGCCUGUCGAGACUCCCCGAAAGAAAAUGAGGCUCGAGUUGCACAGUGAAACAACACAAAAGCACAUCAAAUCUGAAGAACAAACGAAUGAGGGGCUGUCAGCUUAUGAACUGGAGCGUCUGGAAAACAUCAAGAAGAAUCAAGAGUUUCUGUCUUCUCUGAACAUUUAUAAGGUUUCAGAGGAGUUAAAACAGUCUGUGCGACGCAAACCCACCAACAAGGGUUUAAAGAGGUCACCGACUGUUACACGUGAAGUGCUGCCUCCUCGCAGGUCCAACCGACUCCAGAAUAUAGAGGCUGCCCAACUUGAGUUGCCGAAAGUAAUAUGUGACCCUGUCGAUAUGCCUCCCCCCAAAAAAUCUGGCCCUCUUCCUAUGCACCCAAUCAACAUGAGUGAAAUCGAACUGCCUGAGCAACUCUUGAAGAUUUGGACUGAGAGCUCAGCAAAAGAAAAGCUUAAACAAAUGGAACUUAAACAGUACCGCUCUACACUUUCAAAAAUGAAGAUAACCAAGGACAACGUGGCCAAAGUGGUUAAGAAACGCAUCUUCUCUGCUGCAUUUCACCCAAGUUCUAGCAACAUAUUAAUGGCAGCAGGUGACUAUUCGGGCCAAGUUGGACUUUGGAGUUUGUCUAGUACAUGGGGUGACGAUGGUGUUCUCUUGUUUGAACCACACUCUCGUCCGGUCACUUGUAUGGCAUUCUCCUCGGCAAAUCCCACAUACUUUUUAAGUACCAGCUACGAUGGGUCAAUGCGGCGCAUGGAUGUUGAGAAGGCUAUGUUUGAUGAUGUGUAUGAUGUUGAUGAUGGACUCAAGACCUUUGACUUCCUGUCACAUGACUGCAUGAGUGUUGUGGUUGGUACCUGGUUUGGGGAUAUUGCGUUUGUUGAUAGGCGAACUCCGGGAAACACUCAUGAGUCUCUGCACAGACUGGACACCAAGACCGUGCGCUGUGUCAGUGUGCACCCAUUACAGAAGCAGUACUUCGCUGUAGCAGAGAGCCAGUUUGUUAAUAUAUAUGACAGUCGGUUUAUGAAGAAGUCUAAAUCUACACCAGUUUGCCAGCUCAUGGGCCACUCCAAAAGCAUAACCAGUGCUUAUUUCUCUCCUAAUUCGGGUAAUCGCAUUCUCACCUCUUGUAUGGAUAACUAUAUAAGGAUAUAUGACACAUCUGCCACUUCUAAGGCGCCUUUACUAAAAACCAUCAGACAUGACAUGCAAACAGGCCGGUGGCUUUCAAAGCUGUCCGCUGUUUGGGACCCUAAACAGGAGGACUGCUUUGCGGUGGGAUAUCUGUCCAGGCCGCGAUGUGUGCAAGUGUAUCAUGAGAGCGGCCAGCUCCUGCACACUUUCUCAGAUGAGGAGAACCUCUGCACAGUGCAGUCAGUAGUCGCCUUCCAUCCCACCAGAAGUGUCCUCAUGGGGGGCAAUUCCUCUGGCCGGCUGCAUGUCUUUGCUGGACAUACGGAGAGUCUAUAAGUAUUAACACUGUACUCAUUGCGCUUUCUUUUUUUUUUUUUUUUGUCAAAUGAAAUCUAAAGAUGCUGUCUUGUUUACCUUUUUAUUUUUAUAUAUAAAAUCUGCAAAAAUCGUAUUAAACCCUUUGAGGAUAGGAUUAUCAAAACAAUGUACUAUCACCUUUUAAAAGAUGAGUUUUUUUUCGUAGAUAUUUAGGACCUGAGUCCUUGUAUCUGUUCAAAUAGUUUUUACAGAUGUUUAAGUUAUGUUGAUGUUGAUUUAUUUACAAUUGUUAUUUAAAAUAAAAUUUUUAAGAACAU